AUGGCGCCUCCAUUUAAGAAAAACGGAGUUGGCGAGUUUUACCCGCCUUCAAAAUUUGCAAUAGAUGCGAGCAGCCCAUAUUUCAUUGGUAAGCAUAAGUCCGCUCGAAGAAGGAUAGAAAAAGGUGAGAAUUUACCCGCCAAGAAGGCGACACUUGCUGGACAUGGAUUUGGUGGUGACGGUUUCUCUUCAGGCAUUCAUACCGAGUGCAGUAGAGAGGAGAAAGUUAGGAGAGAGUCUUCGAUCACUCGAGCAUCGUCACUGUCAUCAGGAAGUUCGGUGAAUGCAUGUAAUGGCUUAGCGUUUGACUUCAGCAGCGAUCCCAAGCUGAGAAGAGUUCGUGAAGUAAUCGUCUCCAUAGUUGAUUCAAUUAGUCAUUGA